GAAAAAGGAAUAGAGAGAGAUGAUGUAACCGAAAAGUACGAUAUUAUCCGUGGAAGAGGCAACGACUUUGUGUUGUGCCAGACCUUUUCUCAGCCAUCCUAUUUCCUAUCCUACUCUUGGGGUGCACCAACUUUCAUAUGCAACCAAACAGAAUCCACCCUGCCACUGCCAACCUAUCAAGGCCACAACAAACUUGUGGCUCACAAUUUUUCUCCACUGCUUAUGUGGCAUCCAGCUUUUCCUCCCUUAUAUUUUUCAUAACUUAUUACACCACUUCUUCUAACUUAGAUUUUUAAGCCCACAAGAUACUACUUUUCUUCACCACCGCCACCGCCAUCGCCAUGAAUGAUCCAGGUAUCAUCUUGUUUGGAAAGAAGAUCGGAUUGCCGGAAACCGCCAAGAUCACUAAUCUUCCACCUUCCCACGGUGGAACCAGAGAGAGAGCAUGUUCAUCGAUAUACACACACCCACAAACAUCAUUUACACCACAUGUAUGUGAUGAAGGAAGAAAAGAUGAAGCUAACCCGGAUGAUGAGUUGGAGUUGGACGACAAUCCCAAAACUCCUUCCCUUAAUGAAGAGGGUCAGCCGGAAAAACCACAGACCACCACCGGAACGGAAGGAGAUACAGCAAAUUCGCAACCUAAGACUCUGAAAAAACCCGAUAAGAUUCUCCCUUGCCCUCGUUGUGACAGCAUGAACACCAAGUUUUGUUACUACAACAAUUCCAACAUCAACCAGCCUCGCCAUUUUUGCAAGAGCUGCCAGAGGUACUGGACUGCAGGAGGCACCAUGAGGAACAUGCCGGUCGGAGCAGGUCGCCGGAAGAAAAAGAACCCACCAUCGCAUUGUCGUUUCAUCAUCUCCCAAGAAGCUUUCGGAUCAUCAGCAGCAGCGCCUCAGAUUGAAUUUGCUGCUGAUUCUGAUGGAGUUCACAACACUGUUCAUCCACCUAAAGUCCUUUCCUUCAGUCCAAAUACACCACAUGCUGGAGCCAAUUUAAGUGUAGCUUCGGCUAGAGUUAGAGAAAACGGAGACGAUUGCUCCAGUGGAUCCACUGUGAUAACUUCCAAUUCCUUGGUUGAGAAAAUCCAGGACAACCCUGGUUUCCAUUCUCAAGUUCAUUGGAUUCCAGGGGCUUCAUGGUCCUAUAAUCCAUGGAACACAGCAAUUCCGUUGCCGAUUCCAGCAAUUUGCCCUCCAGGAUACCCUCCAAUGCCGAUCUACCCUUCACCUUAUUGGAAUUCUGUUCCUUGGUUACAUCCAGCCACCUCUGCCACAAACUUUUCCAUCUUAGGAAAACAUUCAACAGAUAGGGAAGAGACCAAACCAAAUGAGGAACCAAAGAGACAUAAGAACUCGGUUCUGAUUCCCAAGACCCUGAGAAUAGAUGAUCCAGAUGAAGCUGCAAAGAGUUCUAUAUGGGCAACACUCGGAAUCAAGAAAGAAAAUAACAGCAGAGGAGAUCUCUUUAAGGCCUUCCAAGCAAAAGGAGAUGAAAAGAAGAAGCACCCAACCACAGAACCUUCUCCGGUAUUACAGGCGAAUCCUGCUGCUUUCUCUAGGUCACUUUGCUUUCAAGAAAGGGCCUAAAGAUCUAAAAGAUUAGAUGGCACUGCAAUUUGGUGUGAAUAUAAUGCAAGAAAAAAACCAACAGCAGCAGAGAUAUGUUUAAGGCCUUCCAAGAAAGAAACGUCAGGCAAGAAAAACAAUUCCGCUGUUACUGCCGCUUUCUCUAGGUCACUUUGCUUUCAAGAAAGGACCUAGAAUGUUUAAACAUGAUGGCACUGUGAUUUGGUGUGAAUACUAUGUAAGAAAUACCAACAAAUAGGAGGGACAGGGUUUCUUUUGUAUAGUUUUAGAUGUUCAGAUUUUUGUAAACUUUCUGCAAAUAUUUCCUAAAAAAUGGUUGCUAAUCCAACUUUUUGAGGUGUAAAGAAUAACAGUAAUGAACUUAGUUCUUCUCUUUCAGUAAGCAAAUCCAAUUAGAAUUUGAAUACUUGACAGAUGCCUGAAUGUGUAAAGUUCUUAUCUUUCGGUAUGCAUCUGAUAUACUGAUCUACAAGUUCUAAUGUACAACCAAAAGACAGGGUGCAUAUUCGCAAGCGACUCUUAAACUCAACUUUACAUAAAGUGGGCAUAUAGCAACUAUGGUAGCAUUAACUAAAAAUAAAACAUAAUGAAUCACUGUGCAGUACGGUACAACCAGCUAAUGCACACAGCCAUUACUUUUGAGUACCUCUCACUAUAUCUUUAUAUCUACUCAGAUGUGUAAAUCUUGAUUACUCUGGGUGGGCACAUCAAAAUCAGAAGAAAAAUAUGUGUACCAGAAGAACUAGCCAAGUAAAAGAUCAAGAUAUUUUCAGGUCCUCAGCAAAUUGAAGCCACAAUAUGUGAGUAACAUGAGUUGUAUUGUGGACCCAAAAUGCCAUAUAUCUAUAUCUUUUGUAAUGGGUAUUUGCUACCUUUUGCUUUCUUCCUUUCUAUAAAGCAGUGGUGGAACUACAGUGGCCCAAAUUUGUUUAUAUGGGUAAUAUUUAUAAUAUGACAGUUUUGGAUGGUCUAUAAAACCGAAUCAACAGCUCACAAAUC